UCUCAAAGGUUCCUUCGACUUACAUUUGAAUACGUAAAAUGAUAUGUAGUAAUCAUCCAGACCUAGUAGGCCGCUCAGCCGAUUUGUAUUGGGUACUGUUUUUAUUGCAUAUAAUUUUAAUAAAGGUAACAUUGGCCAGAAUUUGUCCCAAAGUGAGUACAAUCCAUAUGAUUCACUCACUCGCCAAGGACAACGACCGCAAACAGGUCUCGAACAAAGGAAUUUCCAUUCCUACCUACAAUGAGUCAAACUACUUCCCAAGCGUAUUAUAAAAGUGACGGUAUUCUUGAAAUGAAAAAGUGUGGAAAAAGUAUGGCAAAAAUUCUGUAAAACCAACGAGCUGGUUCGAGUUAAAAGUUGUCGGUUGGUGGCGGAAGAUGUUUCGUUUACAUUUUAAAGUCCAGUAGCCCUGCUUCUUCAUUACUUUAAACAGUGAAUUAUUUUAUAAUGAAUUAUUAAACGUACAACGGGGGUACGCGUUACUCAUCCGGUUCGAUAUUUGACUCUCGCAACAAAACCGUCAGCAUAAAAUGUACUCAGCAGAGUUACGGUUUACGGUUAGAGCAAAAGAGAGACGCACCCGAAUCAGCUGCCUGUGUGAGAAGUAUCGCAAACGAAUCACGAUAUGUUGAGAGAGUGUGCCUUUGUGAAAGAGAGACGAUUCAGAGAAUCAUCAGCUGCCAGUGCGAAAAGUAUGGCAAACGAAUCAGACUAACUCGCGUGAACGGUGGUUGCCUGUGGAAACGCACACCAAUACGCAUUAAUGCUGUACACGCGGUAAAUCUGCUCGUGUAUCGCAUGGGGAAUGAAAACCAGCGUGUGUGCGUGUAGGAAAUUUUACUGCUGUAUUAUAUGUAGGUUCGGACGCCACAUAGUACUGGUGAGUAUCGCUGAGAACGGUGGCAUUUUGUACGAUUCAUAACAACAAGACGUACUACAAACUCAUAUUUUAUAGCAAUCUAUAGAAAGGUUGGUGGAAUAAAGCGAUAACUCUUCUUCCAGGUGAGUUUUACCCGAAACUAAUGUAGACUUCGAUUAGGAUAAAUGAGUUAUUCAACAAUUUCCGUUCCCUGUGUGUCAUGUUCAGCUCUACCAUUGGUGACUGCAUUGGCGUUAGUUGGGCGACACAACAUUUCUACAUUUGGUUGAUAUUGCGAUAUUCCUGUUGGUUUGCCAAUAAAAUCAACACAUAGAAACGAUGAGUGACACUUGGCAACAUUUCGUGGAUUAUGGAAAGGCGGGCAAAUGCCGCUAUUGUCCAAAGAUGAUCGCGAUCGCAAAUAGAUCAACCUCCAAUUUACGGCGCCAUAUCAAAUCAAGACAUCCUUCCAUCUCACUCAAAAAAGCUGAACCAUCGAGGACUUCACCUUUAACAUCGAAGGUCGUUGAUCAAACCGAAUCCGAACCAGAUGGUUUAAUGAACAUAGGCUACAAUCCGGUAAAUCUGGCCAGUUUUAUCGAUCAACAUGAACCCUUAACAGCAAAGAAAACAAGUCAGUUGGAUGAAGCUUUGCUAGAAAUGAUCUGCCAUGAAUGUGUACCGUUUGACAUAGUAGAGGGAGAUACAUUUAAGAAAUUUAUUCGCUUACUCAAUCCAAACUACGAACUACCUAGCCGUAAAACUUUAUCAAAUGGAUUGCUCAUGGAUAAUUAUUUAGGGGUGUUAGAUACGGUGACCGAAUCUUUGUUUAAAACAAAAUCCGUAGCUUUGACAAUGGAAGGCUGGACAAGUUCUUACAAUGCAAGUUAUUUAACAGUAACAGCCCACUACAUAAAUGACGAUUUUGAAUUAUGCUCUAAUUUGCUAGAGUGUUCUGAGUUUUCAAACCACUGCGCAGGUCACAAUAUAGCAGAUUGGUUGAAGAAAGUAAUGGCAAAAUUUAAAAUUGACCAUAAGAUACAAGCAAUUGUUACAAAUUAUGCGGUCAACAUGAAGGCUGCGAUGGAUGAGAUAAACGUGCCACAUCUUCCGUGUUUUGCGCACACAUUGAACACCAUCGUACAAAAGGCUAUACAAAAUUCCAUAAUUGGCACGAUUGGUGAAAUUAAACAAAUUGUAAAAUACUUCAAAGAAAAUAGCAUUGCCGCACAAAAAAUUUUUGAUUCACAAAAUAAGUUAAAUCUACCAAAUGUGAAGUUGAAACAAAAUGUUGCGACUAGAUGGAAUUCUACUUUUGACAUGAUUGAACGAUUUUACAAAAAUAAAAUACCGAUACUUACUAGCUUAGAUGCCAUGGGCGUAAAACAUAACUUAUCAAACAACGAUUGGACAAUUAUGGAAGAGAGUAUUAAAGUUCUGGCGAAUUACGAUCAUGCCACAAAAGUGAUGCUGGCGGAAAAAUCACCCACGCUAUCACAGAUAGGGCUUUUGACAAACAUACUUUUGAAAAAAACAAAAACGCUUCUAGAUGAUGUGAUGGAUUCUUCCGUAAAAAAACUUGGCCUAUCCUUGGUCGAAGGACUUUCCGAUAGUGGCAAACCUUACCUGCAGAACCCAUUAGUGUGCAGGGCAAUGAUGCUAGAUCCAAGGAUUAAAGGUCAUGGAUUUGAAAAUGAUAUGCAGCGAUAUGAGGAAACGUAUACAAACUUAAUUAGAACGAUUUUACCUUUAAAAUCUCAAGCUUCUUCAGCGCUUCAGUCAGUUGUACAAAACUCGUUUGCUAGCCCUAGCCAUGAGAACCUUUUUCAUGAAUUUGCAACAAGCGUUAGAUGCGCUCAAAGUAAAACCCCGGAAAUUGAAGCAAAGUUUGAACUCGAUGAUUACUUGAAAAUGAACUGUAUUGAACUAAGUGAAGAUCCAUAUGUCUGGUGGAAAAGUAAUGAAAGUAUAUUCCCAGCUUUGUUUCAAGUGGUUCAAAAUGUAUUUUACAUACCUGCCACGUCGGUUCCAUGUGAACGCGUCUUUUCCAAAGCUGGUCAAAUAUAUUGCGAAAAACGGUCGAAACUUUUGCCCAAAAAAAUGUCGGAAAUCUUGUUCCUACAACACAACAGUAACCAAACGAUUUACGAUGAAGAUGACGAUGAUGAUAAUAAUGAAGAUAAAUCGCUGCACGUACCCCAGCAUUGGCUAGAGAAAAACGGUAUUACCUUUGAAGCAUUAUAAGAAAAGAAUAUUUUAUUGCAAGUUCAACAAAUGCGCACAACUUUUAACAAAUAAAGCUUUGUUUUAACUAAUUCUCUAAAGUCCUUUUGGUAAAGGUAAUAUCGAUAAAUCAAUCACUGCUUCCUCGGGCGUAACUGCGGUUUUGAUCAGUUUAACUAGGUUUCCUCAUCUAAGAAUGACCAGCAGUUGGUGACCUUUAAAUUUGCUAGAAUUUUGUCAAUCUUCCCAAAGCACACUUCAUCCAAAUCUUGCGAACAUGUCGCUAAUCUUUGUUUUCUUUGCGAUUAUUUUUUAAAUUUAAUCUCCAUCCAUAAAGUUAACACAGAUAUAAUAUGAUACCAUUAAAGGAUUGCAUUUUUAUGUGUAGGAUUAUGUACAUUUAUAGUAUAAGUAGAGAGACGAAAACAUUAAUCAUUGUAACGAUCAUUUUCAAAUAAUACAUGACAACUAUAUUACAAAUAAUGUGUUGAAAUAUUAUCAAAAUUGUUGUAUCAAUUAAUGAAUUUGCUAACUAUGUUUCGUCAGGAAUGAAAAUACUGAUGGAAUUCAGAUUUACGAUUGGAAUCAAAAUUAAUUUGAUGAAAUCAUCAACAAAAUCGAAUAUCAACAAAAAGUGUCCAUAUCAUGAUUAAUAUCAC